AUGUGGCGAGACCGCACGAACCUCUACAUUUCCUAUCGGCAGUCGUACGCGCACCAUCCGACGAAACGGACAAAGUAUAGCGGCGCGGCCGGUGGGAACAGCUUUGGCGAUGCCUUCCCAGGUAACAGCAGCUAUGCCAGCGGCAACGACGACACGCGCGGCCUUCUCUCGGCCGGCGCCUUCGAGGACGACGGCGAUGCUGUCAUAGAGAUGGACCUCCUGCCCCCACGCUGGGCCGACAUAUCUGACGAGAUCACCGAAUUGCUCGCCGACAUAGCCACUAAGAGCCAAGCCCUCGAGCGUUUGCACCAGAAGCAUGUGCUCCCUGGCUUUAAUGAUGAGGACGCAAAGAGGGCUGAGGAGCGCGAGAUCGAUACCCUCACCCAGCAGAUCACGAAAGGCUUCCACGACUGCCACAGCUGCAUCCAGCGGGUCGAACAAAUGGUUAGGGAGUCCAAGCACGCAGGGACGAUAACCAGUGCCGAGGAAACCAUGGCCAAGAACAUACAGAUAUCGUUGGCCUCGAGGGUGCAGGAUUCUAGUGCGCUCUUUAGGAAGAAGCAGAGCGCUUAUUUGAAAAAACUGCGUGGAAUGAGCGGCCUCGGCGGCGGCGGCGGGGGUUUACCAGGUGAUAGGGGGCCGACGCCGCAACCCUCGAGCUCUUACAUGGACCCGUCGAUGCUCGAGUCCGACGCCGACAGAUCCUUCUCGCAGUCGACACUCCAGGCGACACAGCAGAAGCUCCUGCAGUCUAACGAUGCGGCCAUCAUCCAGCGCGAGCGAGAGAUUGAGGACAUUGCCCAGGGCAUUAUUGAACUUGCUGAUAUAUUCCGCGACCUGCAAAACAUGGUCAUUGACCAGGGCACAAUGCUGGACAGGAUAGACUACAACGUUGAAUGCAUGGCUACUGACGUCAAGGGCGCCGAGAAGGAGCUCGUCGUUGCCGCCGGUUACCAGAAGAAGACGACCAAGCGGAAGAUCAUCCUUCUUCUUCUCCUCAUCAUAGCGGGCAUGAUAAUUCUGCUGGUCAUCAAGCCCAAGAAGCACGGGGGCGACGAGUAG